AUGUUAAUAGUACUUAGGGAGAAUAAUUUAAAAGAACUCAGAGGAAGAACAUUGCUAGAUGAUGGAAUUUACAAGAAUUUGCCAUUGUUAAUUAAGAAUUCUAUUAUUUUAUUUCCUGGACAAACAUUACCAAUUAAUUCAGAAAGUAUAGAAAUUACUAAUGUGUUACAAACCUGCAUUCGAAGAGAUCAUAUAUUUGGUGUCAUAUGUUCAAACAAUGGUAAGACGGUACGUGUAGGCACGACAGCUGAAGUUUAUGAAUAUUAUGAUGGUGAUCUAAUAGGAAGAAGUUUUCGACUAAAAGCGAAGGGUAGACAGCGAUUCAAAAUAAUAUGUAUUAUAAUGAAGGGCUAUGAUAGAGUUUCUGCAAAUGUUUAUAUAUUACCAGAAGUUACUUUAAAACAUCCACUCUUCGAUUAUCGUGUAACUUCAUUAGAUUAUUUACGAAUACGACCGAUUACUCAAAAAGAAUGGAAACAGCAAGAUUUUGUUGAGAAAAUAGAUUCUACGAUAACUCCAUGGCCAUCUUGGGUAUAUAAACAGUAUGAUCCUUUGAGAUUGUCUUUGAAAAUACAGCAUCAUUUACAAUUUCUUGAAAAACGAGGUUGUAACAUACCUAAAGAUCCAAUUGAAUUAACAUUUUGGGUUGCACAACAUGUAUUAAUUGAUGAUGAUGAAAAAAUUGAUUUAUUAAAUUAUGAUUGUGCUAUUGCAAGGUUACAAAGAGAAAUAAAAUUUCUUAUUGAGGAUAGAUCUUUUGUUUGUAAACAUUGUGAUAAUUUCAUGAUCCAUCAAUCAAAUAUGUUUCCAAUGAGUAAGGAUGGUCUUCUAAAUACGUAUUGUAAUGGCUAUGGUAUUAUAUUUGAAACAAUAACUGUCUACCAUGCAGAAGGAUUAAGGCUUAAUAUGGAUACAUAUUCAAAGGAUUAUAGUUGGUUUCCAGGAUAUGCCUGGACAACAGCAAAUUGUAAUAUCUGUUUUUCUCAUGUGGGUUGGAAAUAUACAGCAGUAAAAAAUAAUUUGGAACCUAAAGUUUUUUGGAGCUUAACUCGUAGGGCUUUAAAAAAAAGAACAAAUAAUAAAGUAGAUGAUACAUCAGAUACCGACGCCAACCCAAUUGGCAAUUGAGAAAAUUUUUUAUAUUUCAUACAAAUCAUUGAUAUACUAUAGCUUUAUUGCAGUAAUUAUCAUUGUAGUAAAACUUAUUGCUUAGUUGUGUUAAUACAUCUUAAAAUGAAAUCAAUAAGAACCCUAAAGAAUGUAAAAGAUAGAAUGCACUUUGACAGAAUGAUAUUAACAAUUGUUUCUGUGCAUGAAUAUGUAUACACGUCACGUUUAGUAAAGACUUGCCGUAAUAGAGUGUAAAUAUUGUGUGGAUAAAAUCCGAGAUAGAUCAUGGUUUUACGAUUAUAUUAUUCAGAUUAACCGUUAUAUGUAUAUGGAAAGUAACCUCUUUUUUACUUUUCAUAACCAAUAUAUAGAUUAUUAAUUAUAAUGGUCUUUUCACAUUGCUAUUCUACAAAUACAUACAAGAUUGUAUAUCAUGUUAUUUCCUAAAUAUACAAAAUUUCAAUCUGUGUAUACAAGAUAAUGAAUGGUGAUAUAUCGUAUAUGUAUAUAUAUAUAUACAUAUAUAUAUAUAUAUAUAUAUAUAUAUAUAUAUAUAUAUAUAGAUAAGAUAUUUUGUUAUUUAUAUAUUAAGAAAUAAAUAAAAUCAAAUUUAAUGUCACUGUAUUGUGUGUAGUUUUUUCUAUAAAUGAAAUUUUACAUGUAGAAAAUAUAAUAUUUAUAAUUUUACUACAUGUAAUGUAAAUAAAUAUUCUAUUACGCAACGUAUUUUGUGUGUAUAUACAUAUGAUACUUUAUAUACAUGUUAAAAAGACACUAUAUAUAUAUAUAUAUAUAUAUAUAUAUAUGGAAAAUCAAUGAGCACAAUACAUGAUAUGGAUAUAAAGGAAGCAGGAGGAUGUAGAAAAUUGAAUAUCAUGUUUGUAAUCAUUUUUUGCGCAUAUCGUAUAUUUCUUGAUUACCUUAAAUCAGUUAAAUUUAUAAUAAUCAUAUGUUCAUUAUCUCAAUCAUUCUCUUGUAUAUGUAUCGUGUUGUGUUAUUCACGUUAAGGCAGCAGAUGUUUAACACAAUCUGCUGUUAAAGUAAACCAUUCAAUAUAGCAAUUUGUAUUGUAUUACUAUCGGUCAGACAUUUCAGGUAUUAUUGAGUUCGUAUUUAUACACCUGUGAUCUGAGAUAUGGCCCUUUCAUAUUAAUUUUCUCGACAGUCGCAUCGUAGUUUUCUAUAUUCCGCACACGUAAAAUUUUGUUUAAUCCUUCAAGAUAAUGUUAUUACUGCAUCUUUUCUUUAAUAUGACUUUAUGUAUGCGAUUAUAAAUUAACUUUACAUUGAUUACAAAUCCUAUACCACUUAUAAUAAAGCUGAUAGGUCUGACAUUUAAUUAAAUAUUAAAUUAACGUAUUUUUAUAACUCAAUCAAGUUAUAAAUCGCUAUUGGUUCAUAUCUGAGUAUCCACGUUUCCAUUAUAUUAAUCAAAAAUCUAUGAAAUAGUGAAAGAGAAUUGCACAUAAUAAUAUGCAAAUAUAUAUAUAUAAUAAUAUUCCAAAUAAAGAAAUAUUGAUCUCUUUCGAAGUCGAUGUGUAUACUACUUCUGUUCAACUUUCAUUUUGAUAAGCCUCGAUUAAUAAGAACCGAUAAUUUUUUUCAAAACAUAUUAUACUUUUACAAUAAAACAAUUAAAAUGUAAAUAAAGUUGGUGAAGAUUGUAAUAUGCUCUUAGAAAUAUUUGGAUUAUUUUAAUUAUUAAAUUACUUAUGGUUUGCUUCAUAAGUGUAUUUAAGAUCUGACAUAUGAUAAUAGAAUUAAUAUUAAAAUUUUAAUAUAUAUUCGAUUUUUUAGUAAUAUCAGGAAAAAAAAUAUUUUUCAGAACUUUUCCAUAUUAUUCACAACAAAAUAUGCUAUUUCUUUUGUUUCUCAUAAGAAAUGCUUUUACAGUAAGACUGCAGCAACUAUACAAUAGCUGAAGGCAAAUGUAAACACAUGUUAAAGAAAACAUACGUUACAGACUGUCGUUUUAAUUUCUUUGCCAGCUUUCAUUUCAUCAGAUACGAAUAUUUCACCACGUCAUUUGUAGACUUGGUGUGUUUGUAAUCUUUAUAAAUCUGUAAGAUAAAUAUAUAUAUUCAUAUGACUUUUUUUUUUUUUUAAACAAAUACUUUAUAAACAAGAAUUAAACAUACUUUCAAUUUCUGAUCCUGCAGAGAUAAGUUUGGUGUGCGGCUGUGCAGCUGUGCUUGCUUGUUGAUUACUUAGUUGCCCUGUAGUUGCAGGCGCAGCAAAGCCUGGCGGUGGUUGCAUUGCCCAAUGCUGAGCUGGUGCGUUCUGUUCCUAUAAAAUAAAAUUAUUCAUUAUAAUUAGCGCUGCGUAACCUGUUGCGCAUUGUGAGAUACUGUGUGAGAAGGAUGUACAUGUGGAAAUUGCCACGUGCUAGUAGUUUGGAAUGGAAGAGGCCUAGAUGAACUAACAAUAGCUGGAUCAAUUGAAGUCCAGUCUGCAAUAGGCCCAAAGUUGUUCCAUCCCCCUUUUUGAUGUAAUGCUUGAUGAUGAAAUUGUUGUUGUUGUUGUUGGCUACUUAUCUCACACCAAUCUUUUAAUGUGUAAACAGUAUCGCCUGCGCAUUUACCGAUACCUACUCCAGUAACAAUGAGAAAAUUUUAAUAAAAUGCAUUAAAAAAUUACAUGCUUAUAAAUUAGAAAAAAUUUUACCUUGUGUAUUGAGUAGAGGAUUUCCAUUUGGAAGAUACGCACUUUGCUGUGAUGGCUGUGUUCCUGUAAAUAACAUACUAGACGAAUCAUUUAUGAAUACAAUUUUACUACUAUCUUCAGAUAAAUGUGUACACAAUAAAAGUCAAUUUUGAAUGAAAUUGGACUGAUAAAACAAUGUUUAUAGUGCUUAAAUAUUUAGUUAAAUAUUCAAUGUAUUUUAAAAAGGAGAAGUUUAAUAUAAUCCAAAUUGAUUAAUUAUUCGUAACCUUGGAAAUGCAUAUUUUGAAAAUGUUCAAUCUGAAAUUAUAUUAUAAUAUUCUACAACUAAAUUAAAUAAUUCCUUGUUAUAUAUACAUUUUUAAUUUCUGUUCUUCUUGUAUUCUUUUUUUCUUCUUUUUUUUUUUUUUUGUUACUAUGCUUACCAUUAAACUUACAAAAUGUAUUAUUUAUUUUAUGAAGACAUUAUGUAUUCAUACGUAUGUAAAUUCACGCACUGUGGGCUAUGAUUCCAGAUGUUGGAAAAAUUGGAGAAACACUAACCCGUGAGGGCAUUGUUUGUAGGGGCAGGCCGCGGUAUACCAAGACCGAAAGAGUUCAUGUGAUUUGGGGUUGCGCCAGGGAAACCUGGCGGAGGGAGACGACUGCGCUGUGCCAGACUAGCAGCUGUUACAGAAUUCUGAGCAGGACUCUGUGUGCCACUUUGUAGAAGAUUCUGCGGAAGACGAGACAGGAGGGAAUGCGAUUGUUGAAGAACUUGCAAAUUUUGCAAGUGCUGCGCUUGUUGCUGUAGAUGUGCUAUAUGUGCAACCUAGGAUGAUAAUUAUCUAUUUAAUUUAACUUCAAAUAAUUUUAUGAUAUUUGUUAAAUAUAUUCUACAGAUCUACAUAUAUGUAUAUAAAUUGUAAUGUUCUUAAAAACUUUUCAUUACAAUUACGAACAUAUGACCAAUAACAUAUUGAUUAUUUUUUAGUAAUAUAUAUAUAUAUAUUAUAAAGAAAUUGUAGAUUAUUCAUUAAAAUUUUUUCACCUGUGGAAAGUGCUGCUGACCAAGAUUAGCAAGACUUUGUUGAUGUUGUACCCUGCUUUGCUCUUCUCGUUCUCUCUGUUGUUGUUGCUGUUGUUGUUGUUGAAAUAAUCUUUGUUGUUGUAACUGCAUUUCAUUCUCCAUUAACUCUGCAAGUGCUUUUUGCGUUUCAUGAAAAGGAUCAAAGCCUAAAUCGUCGUCUGCUUUUACAUCAGAUCCAGAUUCAUGAUGAUUUUGAACUUCUUUUAAAGUUGCAUGCCCGUUUUGUUUGAUAUAUUCACAAUUUUCUUGAUUUUGUUGUGCCUUUGAAAUAUUCAAUUUAGAGUUAGUUAUCUAGAGUCAGUAUAUCUCAUAAAAUAUAAAAAAUAUACAAUCACUAACUUGCAUAGCAAGCCUUUGUUGUAAUGAAUUUUGCUGGAAGUCUGCCAUAAAUUUAGAUGCAGGUGAAUUAACAAGUAAAUUAGUUGCAAAGGUGCCUGAGGAUUCUGAGAUUGCAUUAUACUGCGAAUUACUAUACACUUCCUCUUCUGCAAAGUCUUCAGAGUUGAAAGUUACUCGUGGUGAAUUGGAAGGACUAAUCUUUCGUACAAUGUGAUUUGAUCGCGUAGAUUCAGGAUGAAAACCAAAUGCUGCUUGCCAAUCUUCACUUGAGUGAACUGUUGGUAAAGAAUCAGGAAUGGAAGCCAAGCCUGUACUCGGCCAAUCCAAAUUUGUAUUUCCUAUAUACAAAAAAAGAAUACAUUUCAUUUUAACAAAAACGUACGAAGAAAGUAAAUAAUUAAUGUAUAAAAUUACAGAUGAUAUUUAUUACAAGUUUUAUAAAUAAAUUUAUGAUAACACUAAUGAAAAAAAUUUAUUGUACAUGCCUGCCAAGGAAUUGGAUGUGACUGAGGCGGCUGUAGAUAUUUUCUGGAAGGUAUUUGUACUGAAGAAACUAUUAUUGUCCGCCUGAAAGAUUGACCGGUGAUUAAGUUGCAUUUGAGACCCAUUAUGCAGCCCUGGUGGUGGCUGUUGAUUGGCACCUUGCGAUGAGUUUGUGCUAGCAGGUGAUGAACCUAGACACGAUACGCACAUAGCGCUACACUACGAGACGCGAUCAAGAUGUCAUUUAUUUAUUGAUUAUCAGAAUGCCAGAAUAAACAGCUUCUAAUAACCUCUCAGCCAUCAAAAUUAAAAUAUACAUACACGUAC